CCACGGAGCUGCUCUACUCCUUGCAGUUUCCAGAUGCAGGCACAGAAACUCAAAGUACUAGUUCAAUGUGACCACAAAGAUCACGGAUUACAGUUUUCUGCGUGGAACUGGAAAUUGGGCUUCACAUUUUAUCAUGAAAGGGCAACUUCUUAAGUUUUUGUGCCUCAUGCCAGAACAGUAAAUUGAUUCCCUUUUUUAUUUUUUUGGUUCUUGUACUGGUAUUAUUAUUUAUCUUUAUUUCCAAGUUUGGACACAGGGACUGAUCAGAGGUUCUCACAUCUUGGAAUAAUGAGUAACUCCUCCUGGAUGCAUUUUUAUAUGGGGAUUUAACAGUUGUUUUAGAAAAGGUUGUAUAUGGUACAUUUUCCUAAAGCGAUGGAAUUUUCUUUGCGAAUUCACCUUCUUACAGCUUUUGUCUCAUGCAUUAAGGUUUAUGCUCAAGUGGUACAACCUGUGAAGCAUCCAGGCCUGCAGGUGUUGGCCACGGCCUCACAUUAUUGGCCCCUCGAUGCUGUGGAUGGAAUCCAUGAACUGUGGGACCAGAUUGGAAACAGACCAGGUUAUGUUAACGGAAGUAACAUAAACAUUGUUGAAGGAAUGGUUAACAAAGGCAUCUUUCUGAAUGGAGAUAAAGGUGGUACCUUUCUCCACUUUGGAAACUACCAGAACUCUUGCAUUAGUGACCCUACGUUGUGCGGUCCCGAGGGGAUUACCUUCUCCUUUUUUUGGAAAAACCAUGAGGCAGAGUCCCGUUUUGCUGUAGCCUCUGGAGGGAAAGUUAUCUCCAAUGGCUUCUCUGUCUAUACAAAUCCCUUUGGAGGAUAUGUGGAGUUUUACACCCGAGGCAACAACCACAGAUGGAAGGCCAACAUCAAGGUUCCAGGGCCUUACUGGACUCACAUUCUCUUUACAUGGACUAAAACGGACGGUCUGAAGGUCUACAUCAAUGGGACCUUCACUUCUGGUGACACAGUUGGCAAUGUCUCAGAGAACUAUGGUGACCCCUACCCAGACCUCGUCAUUGGAACUGGCAACGACAUGGCGUAUGGUCAUUACGUAACAGGCGCCUUUGAUGAGUUUGUGAUCUGGGAAAGGGCCCUUCCAUCUAACGAGAUUUUGCUCUACUACAACGCAGCCAUAGGUCAAGCCAUGGUCUCUGCCACAACACCCAGAUUCUCCAAAGAAGUCACUUCAACAUCACCAACUGUCAGAGCCACUGAAGUCAGUCCUCCUGUCGUCAGCAGCCCGAGCGGCUCCCACAACCUGGAGUCCAUGCCAGUGAUGGGCUUCCUGAAGGCGCUGCCCAAUAGGACCAUUCCUCACGACACUGCCAGCAACCUCACACAGGCUUUUCUCAAAAGUGUGGAAGAAGUACUGACCUCUCCAGGGUUGCCAGAGCAGUCCACCCCUGUGGUCAGCGGCCUGAUCGAGACCGUGGACAGAGUGAUGGAACACAUGGUGACUAACCUGGAGCCCAGCCCGGACUCUUUCAUGUCCCUGGAUGGAACAUCUUUUGUUGCAGAUUACUCUCUGCUGAAAUUCCCCCAGAACUACAACUUGCCGCACUAUCGUUUCCCUACAAAAGGCAAGAACUACAUCACUGUGCCUGGGGAGGCUUUCACCAUGCAGUCUCAAACCACCAUCGUUGGCCUCUUCUAUCACAACAUGCACAACUACUACAAAGAGAUCAGCCCUGUUAAGACCAGGAUAAACGAAGCAGCUAAUUUCAAGGAUCACAAGAUCCAGGUAGCAAGCUGUCUAAUCUCUCUGAAAGUGGAGCCUUCACCAGCUUUGUCAGUCAACCUCUCUGGAGCGCCGCUCAUCAAGAUUGUCCUCACUCACGUCCUGACUAAAGAACAACAAGACCAGGUGCUAAAUCAGAGCAAUGAAGUCUUCCUCUACUGUGCCUUCUUGGACUACAGUUCAAAAGAGGGAGUAUGGUCCAACCAGGGUUGUGUUCGCUCAGAUGGAAACAUGACGUACUCUGUAUGUCUGUGCAACCACCUCACCAACUUUGCCAUCCUUAUGCAAGUGGUGCCCUUAGAGCUCACUACUGGCCACCAGGUGGCACUAUCAACCAUUGGUUAUGUUGGCUGCUCAAUUUCCAUCUUCUGUCUUGCAAUCACUCUCGUCACCUUUGCAGUCCUGUCGUCAGUGAGUACCAUCCGUAACCAACGUUACCACAUCCACGCCAACCUGUCCUUUGCCAUCCUGGUGGCUGAGAUCUUACUGCUCAUCAGUGCUCGCUUUGACCCAGGCACACUGCCUUGUAAGGUAAUGGCUAUCCUGCUACACUUCUUCUUUCUGAGCGCCUUUGCCUGGAUGCUGGUGGAGGGUCUCCACCUCUACAGUAUGGUGGUCAAGGUGUUCGGCUCCGAGGGCAGCAAACACUUUUACUACUACGGCAUUGGCUGGGGCUCUCCAUUGGUAAUAUGCGUCGUGUCCAUGACAUCAGCUCUGGGCAGUUAUGGUGAGGUUGACAACUGUUGGCUGUCAAUGAAGAAUGGAGCCAUCUGGGCGUUUGUGGCACCGGCUCUGUUUGUCAUUGUGGUGAACAUAGGCAUUCUGAUAUCUGUGACCCGGAUCAUAUCCCGAAUCAGCGGAGAGAAUUACAAGGUUCAUGGAGAUGCCAAUGCAGUCAAGCUGACUGCAAAGGCAGUAGCUGUGCUUCUGCCUAUACUCGGCAUUUCCUGGAUAUUUGGCGUUCUUGCUGUCAAUACACACUCAUUGCCGUUCCUCUAUAUCUUUGCUGUGUUCAACUCAUUACAAGGGUUCUUUGUUUUCUUAUUUCACUGUCUUCUCAACUCUGAGGUCAGAGCCGCUUUCAAACACAAAACCAAGGUGUGGUCUCUCACCAGCAGCUCCAUCCGAAACAUCAAUGUGAAGCCCUUCAACUCUGACAUUAUGAACGGAAACAAGGAGGGCGUGACUCCCACCAAGAUGAACACAUGGGACAAAAGCACCAACUCAGCCAAUCGGAUCGACCUCUCCGCCGUGUAGAACCACAGAUCGCCGUCUCUGUCUGUGGCAGGAGAGCGGUCUGAAGCUCAAUAGUGUAGAACGACAAACACUGGCCAGAGUAUUCUCCCACUAUGUUAUGUAAUAAUUUGGAUGCUCACCCGCUCCAGAGAAAGUGAUACCAGUGAGGUGUUGUGUAGCUGAAUAAUACCUUCACAUUUAAAGACAAACAGACUCUAAGGACUGUGCCCUAUUAUUGUCUCAUACAAAACAUCUUGUGUUCCCAAAAUCCAGAGCAGGGAUUUCUGAGGAGAAGGUCAGUGAAGUGAUAGAAGGUCUUAAGGUCCAUAAAUGUAGGUUAGGGUCUGACAAAUGAUGCUCUGUGGUAAUGGAGCGUCUCGACUUGCCUGGUUCAUCUGUAUGUUGCAGUUGAUUUACUGGUUGGCCAGAGUUUCUUUAAGGGAAUAGUUCAAUUAGAAAACUAACUCGCUCUCUCACAUAACAGUUACAUGGGAAGAUUGAUACCACUUGUCAUAUCUGUGUGGUGAAUGUGAAGCUACUGCCAACAGCUUGUUCACUUAGUUUAACACAAAGAGUGGAAACAGCUGGCCUGGCACUGUCAGUAGGUUGCAAAAUCCUACCUACUAGCUCCUCUAAAGCUCAGUAAUCAACAUGUAAUAUUACCUUUGUUUAAUCUGUGCAAAAAACAAAGUGUAAAAACAACAUAUUGUGGUUUCACAGCUUUGUGCCAGACUAGCUGUUUCCCACUUUCCAGAGUUUGUGCUAAACUCAACUCACGUAACCUGAUGAUGACGAGUGGUGAUCUCUUCAUCUAACUCUUGUCAGGAAAGCAAAUAAGUUUAUCUUCUAAAAUGUCAAACUAUCCCUUUAAAUCACAGUGAUAUGUCUUUUUUUCAUGCAAUUUGUCUGACACAGUAAAAUAGUUCAAUUACUUCUGAUUUAAUUUACCUGCAGAAAAUGGAACAUACUAAAAUUUCAAAUGAUGGCAAGUAUUUUCAGGGUAUGGUUGGGUACAAAUACAUAACCUUGGAUAGAAAAAGACCAAGGAAAGAAGCAUAUUUUCCUUAAAUAUAGUGUAGAUAAAUAAAAUCGAUUUAUUCCUUAAAAACAAUGACGUAAUGGCUUCACGGGCUGUUAACAGUAUUCAUCAGCACUAAGGACAAAGUGCUAUUUUUACCUGGGUGAACUCUAAGACUGACCUGAUUCAUACAGCUUUAAUCCAAUUUUGGGGACAGAGCAACACAAUAACUCUUUCAAUAACAGUGGAUGAAGUAGCAGUGAAUUAAACCCUAAGUAAUUCUGAUAUAAUGUAUUUAUUUAUUUUGUGAUUCUGAGUUCUUUAUCAGGUCUCCUGCAAAGCGUCACAGCUCAACAAUCAGUAUGUCCUCAUGUUAAAUUCUGUGUGUUCUCUCCUGAAACGAACUGACUGGUAUAUUUGCAGUACCUCACAUCUUAGUAAGCUGCGGUAUGUUAUGCUUUUUGAGGAAUAGUGAAUACUGGUUGUGUUUCGGACACAAUUCUGUGAAGUUUCAUGGUGUCUUUAGCUAUUUCUGUUGCUAAUUUCUUUUACAUUUUUUUGUACAAAAAAAAUAUGAAAUAUGUUCUACAACAGAGGGACCUGAUAAGGUUGUUGCUUUUUUUUUCUUAACAUACUGUGAGAAUGGAGGGAGAUGGCUUGUUUUAAAAUGUCAUUGAUCCGACACUGUACCAACAUUAUUUUUCCUAAAACAGGAUUUACUGUAAGUCACUCUGCGCUCACUUUUAAAGUUAAAUAAUUUAGUAUUUCUGAGCUUGUAUAUGGCCUUCAAUGAUUGUUGUCUUAUGGUACUAUGGUUUGUGUUUCCAGUUAUCUUUAUUAAAAAUGUUUAUGACAAGAAA